AUGUCAACAUUCCUCACCCACUCGGCUCCCAAUACCAGCACUUCAAUGGCCCCCACCUUCCUGCUGGUGGGCAUGCCAGGCCUGUCAGCUGUACCCUCCUGGUGGGCGAUACCCCUCAUCACCGUCUACCUUCUCUCUGCUCUGGGCAAUGGUGCCAUCCUCUGGAUCAUUGCCCUGGAGCCCACGCUUCACCGCCCAAUGUACUUCUUCCUCUUCCUGCUCAGUGUGUCUGAUGUUGGUUUGGCCACAGCCCUGAUGCCCACCCUGCUGGGUCUGGCACUCACGGAUGCUCACGAUGUCUCUGCCUCAGCCUGCCUCCUUCAGAUGUUCUUUGUCCAUGUCUUUUCCAUCAUGGAGUCCUCCGUCCUACUCGCCAUGGCCAUAGACCGGGCACUGGCCAUCUGCUGCCCUCUUCGCUACCCAACACUCCUUACCAAUGAUGUCGUCAGUAAGAUCGGCAUGGCCAUUGCUUUCCGAUGCCUAGGGCUUCAUCUGCCCCUGCCAUUCCUCCUGGCCCACAUGCGCUACUGCCAUCCACAGGUCUUGACCCAUUCUUACUGCUUGCACCCAGAUAUGGCCCGUUUGGCCUGCCCUGGCGCUUGGGGUGCCAUCUACAGCCUCUUUGUGGUCCUGUCAGCCAUGGGGCUGGAUCCCCUGCUUAUUUUCUUCUCCUAUGGCCUGAUUGGCAGGGUGUUGCAAGGUUUGGGGUCCAGGGAGGAUCGCUGGAAGGCUGGCCAAACCUGUGCCGCCCACCUCUUGGCAGUGCUUCUCUUCUACGUGCCCAUGACCCUCCUGGCACUUGUUGACCGUCUUAGGGUGCCGCUCCCUCAGCCUGCUCAUACUCUUCUCUCCUAUGUGCACUUCCUGCUCCCUCCACUGAUAAACCCUAUCCUGUACAGUGUCAAGAUGAAGGAGAUUAGAGAGAGAAUAUUCAAGAGGUUGAAGCCCAGGAAGGUGGGCUGUGCUCAGAGAGGAGGAUGUGCCUCCAUGUGUGGUGGUUCAAGGCUACCUGACACAAAGGUUUCCAUGACUGAGCACUCCGUUCAUCGUGCAUGAAAUGAUCCUUCAGGUGCAUGAAUGUGCAUAUACACAGAUACAC